UCAGAUUGGGAAGGGUAGCGAAGGGCAGGAAACUGGCUACUGGCAUUCAAAACAUCUUUGCAGCCAUUUUCCUUCCUGAAGCCUGAGGAUCCGAGGGGCAGGCUGGUUUGUGGUGUGAGUCAGUGUCAUCUUACAUCUUGCAAUCAGUCUGAGUGUUGGAGACACGGCAGUUAUAAACUGAGGGGUGGCAACACUGAAUGAACAGAAUAUGGGGUCAGAUGAGGCCUACAACUUUGUCUUUAAGGUGGUUCUAAUAGGAGAAUCUGGUGUAGGGAAGAGCAAUCUGCUGUCCCGCUUCACCAAAAACGAGUUCAGCCAUGACAGUCGCACGACCAUCGGGGUGGAGUUCAGCACACGGACGGUGCAACUCAGUGGCUUCACCAUCAAAGCCCAGAUCUGGGACACGGCCGGGCUGGAGCGAUACCGGGCCAUCACUUCUGCGUAUUACAGAGGUGCUGUUGGAGCCCUGCUGGUCUAUGACAUCACCAAACACCUCACCUAUGAGAGCGUUGAGCGCUGGCUGAAGGAACUGUACGACCAUGCUGACCCCCACAUCGUGGUCAUGCUGGUGGGCAACAAGACUGACCUGGAGUCAGAGAGAUCCGUGCCCAACGAGGAGGCUAAAGACUAUGCAGAAAAGAAUGGUCUUUUGUAUCUGGAGACGUCAGCUUUGGAGUCAACUAAUGUGGAGGCAGCAUUCAACACUGUCCUAUCAGAGAUUCACAGGAAGGUGAGCAGUAAGGAAGUGGUUCGGGGCUCUAUCAGUGCUGUGUCCCUGAACAGCUCCAGCACAGAAAACACAGAGGAGAAGAGGACCUGCUGCAAGAACAUCUGAUCACAAGGUCCUCCAGGAGCCCAGGGGUCUCAGGGAGGGGGAGGGGGGGGUGACAGGUGACCUUCACCCACAACCCUGUGCUAGAGCUCAACGAGAGGCGAGCGACACGGCAACUGUGGUUGCCAAUAUACACGGUCUUUGCUUAAGUGAUGCCACUUUGAAAAUGGACAUUUUACAAGUUGUACAAGCUGCAAGAUGGUGUGUUGUAUUCAAAAGAUGAUUCAUAUAUGUGAAUAAAUGUAGCUGGAGGCCAACAUCAAUCUUUUUAGUCCCUGCUAAAUUGGUCAAAAGUAAAACACCUAACCAUGUUACCUGUAAGAUGAUAUAUUUACAAUCCAUGCACAGAAUUGGAGUGACGUAAAAGCAUCACGUUCAUGUGUAAUUGCCAAUGACUCUUUAUGCUGGUUGGUUGGCGGCACUGUGGGUCUUGCUGUCACUGAUGUGCAUGUGCUCCAGCUGAUGAUUGCAGAUCGGGCUGAUUGCAAAAUGUUGAGAAA